UCGGUUAGGUUGCAGGAAAAGGCAAGAGAAAGUUUCUUGAUGAAGGAGCAGAGACAAGAAAGAAGAAGGUGCUGUGUAAGCGAUCAGCAGAAAAGUUUCUGACUUUUGGUCCUGAAACUAAGAGUUUCAUUGAGGGUCUUAUCCGCACAUCUGUCACUUCAUUGGGAGAUGUGCUCAGUAUGCAAAUGGCGAAUAUGGAGAGAGUGUUUACAGAGAGGAUGGGGAAGAUGGAGAUUGAGGUUUCACAGCUCAAGGACGCAAUCAGUUUGACUGGUGAAGGAAGCUAUCCUAGUAAGAAAGAAACUGAAGAAGCUCCACUAAACAGCAAAGCCAAGCAAGCUCCACCUAAGAGCAAAGGCGCUCAAGCUCCACCUAAGAGCAAAGGCGCUCAAGCUCCACCUAAGCGCAAAGGCGAUCAACCUACUCCAACAAAAAAGGACGGGAAAAAGAUUGCUACAGAAACUAAUGAUUUUGAUUUUGGAUUGAGUACACAAGACUUGCGGGACCUGUCCCAAGCUACAUUUGUUGACGGUUUUGAUCUGUCUCAAGUGAAAGUUGAGACGUCAAGUAAAUCGAAACCGUUUAACAUGGCUCCACUGCAGUGGAAUGAUGAGGAAAUGGAUCGAACCAAAGAAGACUCGCCAGAUGCCGCGUUGGUGUUUUUCCGUGAAGAGGAUUGGGAAAAAGUUAGAACUUGGUCAACUUCCUCCACGUAAGUACUCUAUUCUCAUUCAUCUGUCAUGUAUUAAUACAUUUAAAAUAA